CAUAAAAAAAUGAGUAGGCUAAUAGCGAUUUCAAAAAUCUUGCGGUCUUAAAAGAAAUACACUUCGGACCAGGAAUGCAAGAGCACACUCUAGGGCGAGAGGGAGACGGAACGCAAAAGUGGAAGAUGAUGUCCCCAAAAGAACCCGCUUCUGAUUCACGACUCACUCGUUCUUCUUCCAUUAGGCAGACUCCAUUGCAAGUAAUACAUGUACUCGGAAACUUCAUGAGAAUAUGGUCUGUUUAUGCUUUAUACCACCACCUUUCCCAAAAAGGAGAUUCUGUUAUACUCUUUAUAUUCAGUUGUUUGGUUCCAGCUUCUAUCAUAUUUUUUUUGUUGCAAAAGCCCUGGAAGGGGAGGCCAUUACCGAAUUCACAGAUUGUACCUACUAUCAUAAAUGGAGCAAUAAUGGCACUAUUCUUGAUCUUAUGGGGAAAAGGUCUUUUGUCUUGUGGUCCACUUAUUACACUCUUGACAGAGUAUGCAGGUGCUGUUCUUGGAGUUUUAUCUGCAUUAUUCUAUGGAAGGAGAGUCAACAUUUGGAAGAAGGUGGGUGGACUUUUUGCAAUGUCAGCGUCAUUUUAUUUCUUAUCUAUUGGUUGGGCAACAAGCAGUUAUUCACCAUUCCACUUGAUAUUCAUAGAUAGCAUUAGUUCAGAGCGAGUGCAUAAAGCUAAGCAAUCCUUAGGAUUCAAAGAAAUUGCAGUGCCCAUCUUGGCUGGUGUCUUGUCAGCUUUGAGAAGAGUGAUGGCACGCCGUGUUUCACUCAAGAAUCAGCUUAAAAGGCGACUCCAUGCAAUUACUGUUGCUUCGGCUGCCUGUUUUCUUUUUCCUCUGGCCAUGUGGGAUACAAUCUUAGGGUCAGAGUCCAACAGCAUUGCCAACUUACAGUUUAUGAGUUGGGCAUACUUGAGCACAAUCUUUUUUGGAAUUGUGUUUAUAUUUUACAUUGACAAUUUAGCUGAGGAAAGAUUGCGUCUUGUUUUCUCCUCUCCAAGGCAUUUAAUGGUUGCUACAGGCUGCAUAAUCGUCAUGGAGAUGACAUACAAAAUGGAUUUCUCUCUGUUGGGUUUUCUGAUAUGCUCUUCGGUGCUUGCAUUCGGCAUUUUUGAAGCAACUUCUUUGGAGCGCUUGAGGAGCUCUGUAGAUGCUCAGGAAAUAUCUGAUGGAACCUUUGAGAACAAUUUACAGAUGUCUUCACUUCCUAGUUGAUGAUAUAAUGCUGUUUAAUCAAUUGUGGAAGAAUUCAUUGCGUUUUGGGCGCAUGAAAUACUAAACAAAUGGCUUUGUUCAUCCAAGUAAACUUAUUACUUGAGGUAAAAAGUAAUUAAUCAGGUAUGCUGUUAUCAACAUGAUCGGGUACAGCACUGAAGUUGUAGUUGACAACCCAUUUUUAAUUUCUGAAUCUGAAUGUAAAUUGUGUUGAUAAUAACAUUACUAUAAUACCACAUCAUGAUUGAUUGAUCUGACCACAAUCCA